AGGGAAGAUGUCAGCUGGGUCCUGCAUGUGUGUAUGUGGGGGCUGGGAGGGUGAGGGCCCAGGGCAGAGGUCUCAGGCUGGCCCUGAGGCACUGGCUUUGUCCCAGGGGCUGCUGCUGUGGCUGCUGCUGAGUGUGGGCGGGGUGUGGGCGUCCAGGGGGCCCCUGCGGCCACUGUGCCGGCCCAUCAACGCCACCCUGGCGGCCGAGAACGAGGCCUGCCCCGUCUGCAUCACCUUCACCACCAGCAUCUGUGCCGGCUACUGCCCCAGCAUGGUGCGGGUGCUGCCGGCUGCCCUGCCGCCCGCGCCCCAGCCGGUGUGCACCUACCGUGAGCUGCGCUUUGCCUCCAUCCGGCUCCCGGGCUGCCCGCCUGGUGUGGACCCGAUGGUCUCCUUCCCCGUGGCCCUCAGCUGUCGCUGCGGGCCCUGCCGCCUCAGCAGCUCCGACUGUGGGGGUCCCAGGGCCCAGUCCUUGGCCUGUGACCGGCCCCCACUCCCAGGCCUCCUCUUCCUCUAAGGAUCCCCCACCCCAACUUCCCAGGCCCACCUCCACUCCUGGAGCCAGCAGACGCCCCUCCCCUCCC